AUGUGGGAAGUAGAUGGAGAUAUAUAUGAUAGGGAAAAGGACAAAAAAAAGCAGCUAUGGUGGGGUCAUGAUAAGAAGAAGAAGAAGACUAGCAAUGAUAUGGCUUUCUUCCCAGCAAAUUUCAUGCUACAAACACCUCACCAAGAUGACCAUCAACCUCCACCUUCACUCAACUCAAUUAUAACUUCAUGUGCACCUCAAGAGUAUCAUGGAGGAGCAUCCUUUCUAGGCAAGAGAUCUAUGUCAUUUUCAGGGAUUGAACUUGGAGAAGAAGCUAAUGCUGAGGAAGAUUUGUCUGAUGACGGAUCACAGGCAGGAGAAAAGAAGAGGAGGCUUAACAUGGAACAAGUGAAGACACUUGAGAAAAGCUUUGAGUUGGGAAACAAGCUUGAACCCGAGAGGAAAAUGCAGCUGGCAAGGGCUCUUGGCUUGCAGCCUAGACAGAUUGCUAUAUGGUUCCAGAACAGGAGGGCUAGGUGGAAAACCAAGCAGUUGGAGAAGGACUAUGAUCUUCUCAAAAGACAAUAUGAAGCUAUCAAGGCAGAUAAUGAUGCACUUCAAGCUCAGAACCAAAAACUUCAGACUGAGAUAUUGGCACUGAAAAGCAGAGAACCCACUGAAUCCAUCAAUCUCAAUAAAGAAACCGAGGGCUCCAGCAGCAAUAGAAGUGAGAACAGUUCAGAAAUCAAGUUGGAUAUUUCAAGAACCCCAGCUAUUGACAGUCCUCUAUCCACUCAGCAGAACAGCAGAAACCUCUUUCCAUCUUCUACUAGACCAACAGGAGUGGCUCAGCUUUUCCAAACCACUUCAAGGCCAGACCUUCAGUGCCAAAAGAUUGACCACAUGGUCAAAGAAGAGAGCCUAAGCAAUAUGUUUUGUGGCAUUGAUGAUCAAUCUGGCCUUUGGCCUUGGUUGGAGCAGCAGCAUUUCAAUUGA